AAUAAAUUAAUAAUCUAAAUUUUAAUUAAAAAUGCUUCUAUCCACAAAGCUAAAUCUUGUUUCAUACGUCAUAACAAAAAAGAAGAAGAUAAUAUUAGGUUUCAUUAUAACGUCAUUUUUCAUUGUGACGUAUAAAACAACUAAAGGGAAUCAAGAUCAUAUUUAUUCGCUCAUAAACAGUUUCAAAUCAAAAGAAGAUUUUAUUUUUGAUUUCUUCAAUCGAACUGAAAACGAUGACACGAACGUUUUCUCACUGGACAAUUUUACUUCAUACUUCGAUGAUAUAUCCAACGAAUUGGAAGAGUAUAACUUGCCGCUUUGUCCAGAAAAACCUCCCGGACUAAAAGGCGAUCUCAAAAGGCCGUUUUACUUGGAUUUUGUACCACCGACCUUAGAAAAAAUUUCUAUAGAUAAUCCGAGGUUGUCAAUCGGUGGAAGAUACACUCCAAAGCACUGUCGUCCACGAUACAAACUCGCUAUUAUCAUUCCUUUACGCGGACGCAUACGCCAGCUUCAAGUACUCUUAGCGCAUAUGCACCCAAUAUGGCAGGGACAGCAAUUGGAUUAUACUGUAUACGUUAUGUGGCAGAGCGGGGAACAUCUGUUCAACAAGGCUAAACUAAUGAAUGCUGGAUUUCUGGAGGCGAGUAAAGAUCGAAAAUACGAUUGCUAUGUUUUUCAUGAUGUCGAUAUGCUUCUGGAGAAUGAUGAAUGUCUGUACUGGUGCCCAAGUGAAGACAAUCCUCGCAGUUUGUCGGUUUACGUUGACAAAUUCUACCAUCGUUAUAAAUCCUACAAUAUGAAAUGUAAACCAAGUACUUUUCCGCGGAAUCAAAAGGUUCAAUUGUUUGGAGGUGUAGUCAUGGUUACAAAAUCACAAUUCAUGUCCGCUAACGGUUUCUCAAACAUUUACUGGGGUUGGGGCGGUGAAGAUGACGACUUGUACUUCCGCUUAUGGAAUCAGGAAUAUCACCUUCCUAAUCCUUAUGGGGAAAGUUGUUCAUAUCAUAUGCUUCAACACCGAACAGAAAAAUCAAAUGCAGAAAAUAAAGGGCAUUUUGCAUUGUUGACUCACGCCAUCUCGCGGAUGAAAUACGAGGGAUUAAACACCUUGAGAUACAAACGCGUGUCAACCAAACGGGAACCGCUUUUUACGAAU